UCUCCACCGCAAGUAAUUAGCUCAGUGUUACCAUUAGUCAGCUGUUAUGAACCAGUGACCAUGGACAACUACGAACAGAACAACGAAGUGUCUACUUCUUACAACAACAACAACUUAAAACACAACUUUAACUGCAAGAGUUUCUACGAAUACGCCGAAGUUGAUUGUUUGGACAAAAAAUUUGUUGACCAGAAAAAUUACAGGAAAAUCGAAGAGGAUGUACUGCAGCAACAGCACUUGGGGACACCUUUCUUGGUGAAAGAUAUCCUCAAUAUAAACCAACCGCCCAACUACUACGAGCAUUGGAGGAAUAAUGAUCGAGAGAGAAGAGCCUAUGAAUAUUCACCAGAGUCGUAUCACCAGCCUCAAAACUACUGUUCUCCUGAGUAUUUCAAUCAGAUGUACCCCAACAUACCUGUGCAUUCCAAUGUUGAUCCUUAUUGGUGUCAAGAAGCCUACCCUGAAGUCAAAGUUGAAGACUACUACGCGUACAAUCCUUACUGUCAUAAUCUGCACCAGCAAAGCUACGAGCACCACCAAGAGCCAGUUCCUCAUCAUAUAGAAAUUGAAAUACCUCCUAAAGACCAAGUGAUCAGAGAACCGGUUCAAAUUCAUCCUGGGUCAGUCGUAGACCAGAAAAGAAGUGAAAAAGGAUCAGAACAGUUGCAAAAUCAGCACUAUAUCAAUUCUGAUACUCUUGGAAAACUUUCUAUGACGCCGAGGAAAAAUAUAAAAACCCCAACGCCUACUAUGAAGGCUGACAAGAAAGACAAGAGCAUCAAAAGGAAGCCAAGAAUAUUAUUCUCACAGACUCAGGUGCACGCUUUGGAAAUCCGUUUCAGAGCACAGAAAUACCUGACUGCGCCCGAGAGAGAAGAACUGGCCAAGAAUCUCAACUUAUCACCUACACAAGUCAAGAUCUGGUUCCAAAACAGGCGGUACAAGAGCAAAAGGAUCAAGUCCCCUGAAGUGUCCACUUCUACUGAUGCAAAGCCAUGCAGACAAACUGGGAGGAAGCUUUAUAAGCCAGAGAAUAAGGACGAUAAUCAAACAUACGCGUAUAGAGACGUGGACUUUGAUAAAAGCCUCGAAGGAGAAAUUCUUACCACGACUGUAUACUUUGAUGACAGUCUGCCGUAUGAAGAUGUUCCUAAAUUUUACGAUACUAAACUCGAUAGCGACAAUGUUGAUUCUUCUCAUUUGCAAAGUUAUAUUCAUAAAAAUGUUUAUACUGAUGCUAAUAUUAAUACCAAAGACACAUCCUACAAUGAAUCAGAACUAAAAAAAUAUUAUCCGAUGAACUAUGUCUGCUCAUAGUUUUAUAUAAAUCCCAAAUCGAGCCAUAGACUGACUACCAAAGAGUAUUUUAGUGUUAAUAUUGUUAUAAAUGAAAAUGUACUUAAUUUUAUUUCCCAGCAAGCUUUCGCUAUGCUUGUUACAGCUGUAAAGCCAAAGUAUUUUUAGAUAUUAUUAU